AGGUUAUAAUGUGGUCAACAUUAAAGUAACAGUCACAAUGAACGAAGCGAGUCCCAUUAAUUAAAAUCUACAUACAAGUACCACACAAUAACACCUCAAUAAAUCUCAUCAACUCUCUGAGGUAUAUCAGUCGAUCAACAGGAUAGUAACAGAUAAGAACUUCUCGUGCUGGACACCGCGUGAUCACUCAUACUUGACUUGACAGCCAACAUGUCAAGUUUAUCUGUACUUUUCAUUGCGCUUCACUGUAUUUUGUACUUAAACUGCAAAAUCAGCUGCGUGGAUUCAAGACCACCGGACAACUCAGCCAUAGGUCCGCGCACUGACGGCAUGACGGAGGGGAUGACACGAGCUGCGUCCGGAUAUCAGGAAAGACUUCAAAAACACAUCGUGCCCAUGUUGAAGAGAAAGUUCAGCCGUCUUCCAGGUGUAUGUAGACGUUUGAAGAGGAGGAGGAUAACAAUUCUGUGUAACACAGCAAAGUUCUGUUCUGCCAGAAGAUUUUCCCGACAUGGACAGUUGUGUUCCUGCCCAAAAGGAUCAAAGUGCAACUACUUCUUCUUAUGGAGUUUGUGACCUCUUUUUAUACAACAUGAUGGACUUGUACAAUAAGCUUUUGUAAGAACUGGACAAUCGAAUACAGAUCAUUUCAUUUUCACCAAUUUAUUCCUCAGUUCCUUGUUAUCAACAGAGGCUCAAACAGCUUUCAUAAAAAUACACUUUUUACAAUUUAGGUAGAUCAUUAAAACAAACUAUGGGACAAAGCCUGACUGAAUUUACAUGGCAUUCUUCUUAAAGUGAGAGAAAUAAAUAAUACACACUAAACAAGAAUCAGCCGUAACAAUGAGACAUUAAUCUGCCAAACACUCGAAUGCAGGAGAGCAGAGAGACGCUGGUGAUGUUACAAAAAAUCUCUGUAGAAAAUCAGCACAUGCAAAAAAGCACACGCAAUAUAUCAACAUUUAGCUGUGAAAAAAAUUACAGAAAAAAAUUAAUUUAAAAGAAAAUUUGGGUCUACCCUUUUCACUCCAACAACUCGAGUAGCUUCUUAUUACACUAUAAUGCAGGUACAGAGCUGGUAUCUUUCAAAUAAGGAUUUUAAAGACAUCCAACGACAUAAUUGUCCAUAAAAACACUUGAAGACACAAAAAAAGUAAAAUAAAACCAUAAAUGGAAAAAUUAAAAAGUUUUAAUAAACGACACCUGGAAGUCUUCUAGAAAGCAAAAACACUGUUUUUUUUUUUAAAUACAACUGCAUGUAUGAAAUUAUAUUACGGUUCCCAAUGUUAAUGUAUGGACGAGUAUGUCAGUUUAUAGGAACUUAAAAAAACGUAUCUGGUUCUAUGAUUAUUUUCCAGAAUAUUAAACAACCACCAAUAUUUUCAGAUUCUGUGAAACUCACCCUGUCUAGCGAUACAAACCGUUA